UCCUAACUGCGAGGCAGCAGCGCUACCACUGCGCCACCAUGCCGCCCAUCCAUAAAUAUAUAAACUCAAAACUCCGGCCAUCCAAUCUGUAACCAUGCAUCAUCCAGUUUAGGUAUUGUUAAGUCUUGGGUGUAAACCAACAGCACUGGGUGCAAAGUGGGAACCAGGCCUGGGUGAUGUGCCAGUCUGUUCACGGGGCACAGUCUUGAUCACAUCAGGCCGAUGAAGUCCAGUUCAAGUUCAGCUUUAUUGUCAUGUGUGUAUGAUACAAUGGAAUUCUUAACUGCACAUCUCCUCAUGACAGAGACAAUAAUAAAAUACCUGUGCCACCAAAAGAUAUACACAUACUGACAAAAAGAAGAAGAUAAAUAAAUAGUGCAUAGAUGUCAAACUCAGGCCUGCGGGACAAAUCUGGCCCGCAGAGUAAUUAUAUUUGGCCCGUGAAAAAAUACCAAAUGUCUACUAGAGCUGGCCCUCCAGUAGACAGCACAUGCACAGCUGAUACUACAAAUCCCAGAAUGCUCUGCUGGUGCGUUGGCACAUCAAUCAGGACCUACAAGUGCCCACUCCUCUGUUGACAUUCAUUAGCGACCUCAUGCUACCAGUCACAUUGGGCCACACCUCACAAAAAAGGCCAAACGAAAGGUGGAAAACAGAAGCUUUCUAGAAAAGUGGGAAGCAGAAUAUCUGUUCACAAAUGUAAAGGGCAGACCUGUUUGUCUUGUGUGCGGAGCCAACAUAGCUGUAACCAAAGAAUAUAACAUAAGAAGACACUAUCAAAAGAAACAGCAUGACAAGUACAAGGACCUCGACAUAGCGCAAAAGCGCCAGAAAGUAGAGGAGAUGAAAAGAAGUUUGGUUUCACGACAGACUAUGUUCACAAAAGCCAUAUAAAAAAGUGAGGCAGCUGUAAAGGCCAGUUUUAUUGUGGCAGCAGAGAUUGCAGAAUCAGCCCGGCCCUUUGAUGAGGGAGAGUUUGUCAAAAAGUGCAUGAUCAAAGUUUGCGACGUCGUGUGCCCAGAUAAAAGGCAGGCAUUUUUAAAUGUGAGCCUUAGCAGAAACACAGUAGCUGAUCGUGCGUGUGAUCUUGCCACAAAUCUACACGAACAGCUGAUGGAAAAGGCAAAAGAUUUCAUUGCAUUCUCCCUUGCUGUGGAUGAGAGCAGCGACACAUCUGAUAAUGCCCAGCUGUCAGUCUUCAUCCGUGGAGUGGACUCAGAUCUGUGCGUUACGGAGGAAACUUUGGGAUUAAAAUCAAUGCAUGGCACAACCACAGAAAAAGAAAUCUUUGAAGAGGUUUCCAAAUGUGUAACUCAAAUGAGGCUACCUUGGGAUAAACUUGUGGGACUAACGACAGAUGGUGCGCCAGCAAUGUGCGGUCAAAAGAGUGGAUUGGUGGCCGGGAUUCGGGAGAAGAUGCAGGGAGAGAACUGUGCAGAGAGUAGGCAGUAGGAAGCUUGACUGCAUUUUGGCAUUCAUUUGGUGGAAACAAAAGACGG